UGUUUUGAGGACAAGCAAAGUUUGUUCUUGUGCUCCGGAGAUGCUGACUUGAAGCAUCUAAGAGGGCAAAUUAACUCGACGCGUUUGAUUUGUUCGUCUUCACGUUUGCUUUCUCUCAGUGGAAGUCUUUGUUAUUAUUGUUAAUGUUAUUGUUAGUCACGGUCACAUCAGCGUUAGAAGACGGACUCAUGAUCAGGACAAGACUGCUGUUCUCUGAUAGUUAAGGUACAACCCUGACUAAGAUGGCCAUGUCACUGCAGCGAUCCAGGACCGUCUUAUUGACUAUGGCCUUCUCUUUCCUGCCUUGCAUCACCUCCUCCCUCAACCUGGAGGACCCAAACGUCUGCAGCCACUGGGAGAGAUAUUCAGUGACAGUGCAGGAGUCGUAUGCCCAUCCUUUUGACCAGAUUUAUUACACCAGCUGCACAGACAUCCUCAACUGGUUCAAGUGUACCAGACACAGAGUGAGCUACAAGACUGCCUAUCGCAGAGGAGAAAAAACCAUGUACCGCAGAAAAUCCCAAUGCUGUCCAGGAUUCUUUGAAAACGGAGAGAUCUGUGCUCCUCAAUGCUCAGAGAGCUGUGUUCACGGUCACUGUAUGGCCCCCAACACCUGUCAGUGUGAGCCUGGAUGGGGGGGCUCCAACUGCUCCAGUGCAUGCGAUGGUGACCACUGGGGCCCUCACUGCAGUCACAGAUGUCAGUGCCAGAACAAGGCUCUCUGCAACCCCAUUACCGGAGCCUGUAUCUGCACUCCUGGGUACAAAGGUUGGCGCUGUGAGGACGCUUGUGACGUUGACACCUAUGGUAAUGGUUGCCAGCAGAAAUGCCAGUGCCAGAAUGGAGCUCGCUGUCACCAUGUGACUGGAGAAUGCAAGUGCUCAUCUGGAUACACCGGAGCUUUUUGUGAGGACCUGUGCCCGCCAGGUAAACAUGGACAGCAGUGUGAAGAAAGGUGCCCGUGUCAGAAUGGCGGAGUUUGUCAUCACGUGACCGGAGAGUGCUCGUGUCCAGCAGGAUGGAUGGGUACAGUCUGCGGACAGCCAUGUCCAGAGGGGAGAUUUGGUCCAAACUGUUCUCAAGAAUGUCAGUGUCACAACAAUGGAUUAUGUUUUUCAUCCAGUGGACAGUGUCUUUGCAGCCCUGGGUACACAGGAGAACGGUGUCAGGACGAGUGUCCAGUUGGCACUUACGGUGCUGGCUGCGCAAAGACGUGUCGCUGUAAGAACAACAGCAAAUGCUACCACAGCAACGGAAAAUGUCUUUGUGAGCCUGGCUACACGGGCGAGACCUGUGACGUCCGACUCUGCCCAGAAGGACACUACGGCUUCCGCUGUGAUAAGAAGUGUCCGUGCCACGCCCAGUAUACCCAGAGUUGCCAUCCAAUGUCAGGAGAGUGCACGUGUCUGUCAGGUUGGUCUGGCCUCUACUGCAAUGAGUCGUGCACCCCGGGCUUCUACGGGGAGUCCUGCCAGCAGGUGUGCCAGUGCCAGAACGGUGCAGACUGCCACAGUGUGACAGGAGCGUGUGUUUGUGCUCCAGGCUUCACGGCUUUGGACUGCUCAGUGCCGUGCCCUGCAGGAUCUCAUGGAGCCAAAUGCUCUUCCACCUGUAACUGCAAGAAUGGAGCUCAAUGCUCACCUGUGGAUGGGUCCUGCUUCUGUAAACCAGGGUGGCAUGGAGUGGACUGCUCUAUCAACUGUCCCAGUGGUACGUGGGGUCUCGGCUGUAACAUGACCUGUCUGUGUGGAAAUGGAGGUGCAUGUGAUGCCGUGACUGGUCACUGUACCUGUGCUGCAGGCUGGAGAGGCCAGAGAUGUGAACUCCAUUGCCAGGGGGGUACCUAUGGUCUCAGCUGUAAAGAGCGCUGUGACUGCAGUCACGCCGACGGAUGUCACCACUCCACCGGACACUGCCGCUGCCUGCCUGGUUGGACAGGUAUCCAUUGUGACAGUGUGUGUGCAGAGGGCCGCUGGGGCCCAAACUGCUCACUUGCCUGCCACUGCAAGAACGGAGCGUCUUGCACCCCAGAUGAAGGAACCUGUGAGUGUGCGCCAGGAUUCAGAGGCCCCACCUGUCAGAGGAUCUGCUCCCCGGGUUACUUUGGUCACCGUUGUAGUCAGACAUGUCCGCAGUGCGUCCACAGCAAUGGACCAUGUCACCAUAUCAGCGGCCAGUGUGACUGCCUCCCCGGCUUCAAGGGAGCACUUUGCAAUGAGGUGUGUCCCAGUGGUUACUAUGGUAAGAAGUGCACCAUGAGCUGCAGGUGCACCAACAAUGGCACCUGUAACCCCAUCGAUGGAUCCUGCCAGUGUUUUCCAGGAUGGAUCGGCAGUGACUGUUCACAGCCAUGUCCGCCUAGACAGUGGGGGCCAAACUGCAUCCACACGUGUAACUGCCACAAUGGAGCUCGUUGCAGUGCUUACGAUGGAGAAUGCAAGUGCACCCCGGGAUGGACCGGCCUUUAUUGCACACAACGUUGUCCUUUGGGGUUUUAUGGCAAAGACUGUUCACAGACAUGCCAAUGCAGGAAUGGGGCAGACUGUGACCACAACUCUGGACAGUGCACCUGUCGCACUGGCUUUAUGGGACAGCAUUGCGAACAAAAGUGUCCUUCUGGUUCAUAUGGUUAUGGCUGCCGUCAGGUGUGUGACUGUCUCAAUAACGCCACCUGUGAUCACAUCACUGGCACAUGUUACUGCCAACCAGGCUGGAAGGGGGUCCGUUGUGACCAAGCCGCCGUCGUCAUUGGCAGCCUCAACACUUUGACAAGUGCCGCCAUGCAGGUGGACACCUACCAGAUCGGCGCCAUCGCAGCAAUCAUCGUGCUGGUACUACUGGUGCUCUUCUUCCUCCUCCUCUUCAUCAUCUAUAGGAAGAAGCAGAAAGGAAAAGAAGCGGCCAUGCCAGCAGUAACUUACACCCCUGCUAUGAGAGUGACAGCUGACUACACCAUCACAGAUGCUCAGCCACCACAUGACAUUCACCCCAGUAAUUACUUCACCAACCCCAGCUACCACACUCUGACACAGUGCAUCAGCCUACAACAUGUUAAUAACUCUCCAUAUGAAAAAGCUAAGAACAACAUGUUUGCCAACUUAAAGGAUGUGAAGGAAAGAAAGCGAUAUCCUCUUCCUGAUGCCGCCGGCACCCUGCCAGCUGGAUGGAAACAUGAGGACAGCGUCAACGAACUGGGAGCCUGUGGAAAUGACAGGAGGUGUACAGGGAAGUCUUUACGAGACCUGGUGAAAGGCACACAGUAUCAUGGCAGCUCCUGCUCCCUGAACAGUACAGAAAACCCUUACGCCACCAUCAAGGACCCUCCCCUCCUGAUUAGCAAAAACACAGACUGCGGCUACGUGGAAAUGAAGUCGCCUGCGAGACGGGACUCACCCUAUGCCGAAAUCAGCCACAGCAGUGUAACCAGUAAUAAGAAUGUAUAUGAAAUCGAACCAACAGUCAGCACGACUUGCUCCACCGGACAAAAAAGUGAAUGCAUGCAUCAAGGCCAGGAUCUUUACGACCUACCAAAAAACAGCCAUAUUUCUUGUCACUAUGAUGUGCUGCCUGCCCGAGAAAGUCCGACGUCAGAUCCCAAGAAGAUGGACAGCGACUGAAUAUCUAGUCAUUCCAUGCAGAGAAAAGGUUUUAACUACAUCUCCACAACUGGAAGUGCAAAAAUGGCACACUUGUUUCCAUCCAGAUGUUACCUGACAUCUGCUUAAGGAAUGACUCAUUCAUAACAGUGGAAAUGUUAUAUUGUUUACGUGUUAUUUGGAUCAGGGUCAGGUUACGUUUGCCCAUCGGGAUUCAAGAACAUUCUGAGUCAAUCAUAUCUUAGUUUUAAUAUCAACAAGUAUAACGUAUGAAGGAGGAUUAUCCGCACGAAGGAAAAUAAACUCUACCAUUAGAAUAAUCUCGUAAAUGUACUUAUACUAAAGCUACUUUGGUGUGCGUUUCUCACAGGCCUUCAGUGAUGUCCUACUUAGUUCGACUUUACCUCCCAAAAUACCGUAAUUUAUGUCAUCACAAGGACACGACUGGAGAUACUAUACAGCAGGGGUCACCAACCUUUUUGAAACCAAGAGCUACUUCUUUGGGUACUGAUUAAUGCGAAGGGCUACCAGUUUGAUACACACUUAAAUAAAUUGCCAGAAAUAGCCAAUUUGCUCAAUUUACCUUUAAUAAAUAAAUCUAUAUAUAUUUUAAAAAAAAAUGGGUAUUUCUGUCUGUUUUCCGUCGUACAUUUUUAUUCCUUUUACGGAAGGUUUUUUGUAGAGAAUAAAUGAUGAAAAAAACACUUAAUUGAACGGUUUAAAAGAGGAGAAAACUUGAAAAAAAUGAAAAUUAAAUUUUGAAACAUAGUUUAUCUUCAAUUUCGACUCUUUAAAAUUCAAAAUUCAACCGAAAAAUAUGAAGACAAAAACAAGCUAAUUCGAAUAUUUUUGAAAAAAUUUUAAAAAGAAUUUAUGGAACAUCAUUAGUAAUUUUUCCUGAUUAAGAUUAAUUUUAGAAUUUUGAUGACAUGUUUUAAAUAGGUUCAUUAACUAAUUAACUAAUAGGUGUAUUAACUGUAAAUUUUUCAUGAUGGGUGCUGUUAACAUUGUAACAAUAUCCACACAAUAUGUAAACUAUUUCCUCAUUGUUUUUUAUUAUACGAUUUGAUCAGAACAAAGUAAAUAGUGCACAAUAACUAGACAAAAAUUAACUACCACAUACAGUUAUUACGCUUUUAAAUCCUUUAGUUUUUGCCCUUAAAGUCCUCUUGUGUCCAGGAAAUUAUUCCUUCAGAUUGUAAAUAUUCACCAAAAUAAUUAAAAAAUAGCAAUCUAAUCACCUUAGUAUCGCUCAUAUACUGAUACUACCCUUGGUAUCGAUACUAUCAAUAAUUGGAUGGAUCCCACUUCCACUUACGGGUCCACCUGGCCUCUAAGCAGCCAUAUACAUUGUUGCAUUAUCCUCUCUCUAACUCUUAUUCAUCUACUUGUUACAGUCAUUUCCUAUUAAUAUCCACUUACUCUAAUGUAACAUGAUUCAUUUUUCCAUAUCUUAAACUACACGAAGCACUUAAUUAUUCUGUUGUUUCAGCCUAGCAUAGCGAUUGGCAUACCUUCUUGUCUGCUUCCGCUUGUUCUUGACGUAUAACACAUUUAGCCUCAUUUUCCAGUGAUAAUAAUACUUGUAAGAAAUGCAGUUUAUUAGCUGCAAUGCUUUUGGCACGCCAACAUUAGAUUAAACAGAACGUUAGUACUUUUAAGCAAAUAUGUGAAACCUUUUAAUGUCCAUUCCAUACUGGAGGAUACAUCACAUCUGAAUGGCAAUUUUUAAAUGUCACUUGAACAAUAUGACUUUUUUUCUAUGUGGCCUGAAUAGUAUUUCGUAAAAAGUCAUUUUGAAAUGACAUAUGAAGGAUUUGUACCAAAUUUUUCAUAUGUGGUCUAUUGUGUGCCAAAUAAUGUUAGGCGGUAUGUGAUGGCAUACAUUCAAUGCUACAGUUUGCAUCGGAGAAACAUUCCAUUUCAACAAUAUGUGAUUUAUCAAUGUCUCAAAUAUCACCACUAUGUUUACGAAGUUAUGACUUGAUCAAGGAGGUGACCCCAGGAUGCAGAGACGGGAGGCAAGGUAGAAUUACAAAAAGGGAAAAUUUAAUAAGUCCAAAUAGUGUAACAAAAGGCGAUGGGGCAGAAGUGCACACCAUGAAUAAACAGACAAAAACAGGUCCCUCAGUGGUCGGCAGGGGAAAUGGCCAUGGUACACUGAGCACAGCAAAAGGUGCAACACAGAAUCCUCUUUACUUCAGGGAGGCUAGGAAGCAAACACAAAGAGGAGAGGGAUUUCAGGACUAAAGAGAGACAACAUACCAGGACUGACAAAGUGAAGCAGGUGCAUGCACGUGUGAGCUGCAGGAGACAGUAACCGACAGGAGCCAGCUGUCAGUGGCGAGCUUAAAUACUCCUUGGUAGAAAUUUGUUGCAGGCGUGCCUCACUGGGGUUUAAUGAACUAAAGAAAACAGACAUCACCAUAAUAGAGAAGGCAGGGAAAUGACAAAUCACAACAUACGACUCUUUUAAUCGGGGUCCUCCAUACUGUACGUGCAGACCCCUCGCUGUGCGUUGCGCCCCACGAUUCGUCACGUUUUUAAUGACAGGACGUUUCAUACGCUAUUUUUACCGCUAACUUAUUCCUAGCCCCUUCCUGCUCUGUCGCCGAUGAGAACAAAGUUGCGAAUUUCUCGAGUUGUUUGCAGAUUUACGUUUUUAUUAUGUUGAAUUUGGCACGAAAACAUAAAUUAUUGAGCAAUUUAUUUUAUAUUAAUUCAUAUUUGUUCACAAAUGCAUCAAAUAAAAUUCAAGUUUGUAUAAAAACUAUUUCAUAUAAAUUAAAUUCUGCCUAGUUCCCCAGUCUAGCCCUGCUUGUACCAAACCUUUUGUAUGUAUUGUUAAUAUUUAAUAAUCUACAGUAACAUUGAUACCUACCGCCAUUUAACCGAGCACCAAACCGUGACACUAUUACCUUUGUGAAUGUUUUUUUUAUUUGUCUUGAUAUUAUUGUCAUGACAUGAUUGUCUUCUUACACAUAUUCAAUACUGUAUCUGUCUUGCCGAACGAUUUCCUGUGAACACCAAGGAGCAAAAACGACUCUUCCGUCAUUUUUACUGCAUAUGUUAUUUAGUGUCAGGGGUGAGCUGGAGCCUAUCCUAGAUAAUUUGGGGCAAAAAAGUGGACUAAUCACAAUCAUAGAGUACGUUUAAACACAGAAUCUAAUCUAGUUAGUAGGGGUGUAACGGUACACAAAAAUUUCGGUUCGGUACAUAUCUCGGUUUAGAGGUCACGGUUCGGUUCAUUUUCGUUACAGUAAGAAAACAACAAAAUAUUAAUUUUUGGGGUUAUUUAUUUACCAAAUUUGUAAACAAUGGCAUUACAUACAUAUACACACAGGGUCCAUUGCCAGGGUUAAUGUGGUCAACAUAUAGAAAAUAAAAACUAAAUAAGAUCAGCCUCAGAAUUGGUUUCCUAACAAAACCUUUCUACAUAUAAAGUGCUUGUUUUGAUUGAUUGAUUGAGACUUUUAUUAGUGGAUUGCACAGUACAGUACAUAUUCCGUACAAUUGACCACUAAAUGGUAACACCCCAAUAAGUCUUUCAACUUGCUUAAGUCAGGGUCCACGUUAAUCAACAUUAAACUGCCUCAAAUUGUUGUUCCAAUUAAAUAAAACGACAAAACUUUUCUUCUACAUAUAGUAAGUGCAACAUUAAACAGUUUCAAGUCAACUCGGCCUCAGAUUAACUUUUCUUUUCCCCCCCAGCCUGGCUAACUUGGUAGUAAGAGGAUAUAUGGGCUCAUUGUUCUUCCACCAUAGAAGUGGGUCAAAAUUUAGUUUUUAAUGCAAUCUGGUAUUAAAUCUGCUGCUAUAAAAACUUUCCUUAUUGCUUUAGCCCUGCCUGACUUGCCAAGGAAAGGCUGCCCGAACGGGUUAGCGUGUUUGGCGUGUUGUCAGAAGCAGUUGCUGAACAAUGUCGGCGAACCUCCGUCCUCCGUUGUUGUAUCACGCAGCCAAAGUGUUCCCAAAGGGGAGAUGUUAACGAGUCUUCCAGCUCUGGCUCUUACAUGUUGUCCUAGCCCGGUCGCUGCCAGCAUGCCCUGUGUUGUGCCUCGCUCUGCAUUGUUUACACAACGUGCGGUACGCUACUUAAUAUGUCCGUGUGGAAACUUGUUCGGUACACCUCCGAACCGAACCGAAACCCCCAUACCGAAACGGUUCAAUACAAAUACACGUACUGUUACCAAACUGGAAUGUUUACGCUGACUUGGAAGACAUUUUCUGUCUCUCAGCCUGAAUUUGGAGCAGCUUAAAAAAAAAAAAAGUUGCAGCAAUAGUUGCAAUGUUUUUGUUUUUAUUAUAACUUUGAAUCAACUUGUCAUUUUAAUGAAUCUGCCAUUAAAGUUUCAAAAAAGCUGGCACAAGUGGCAAAAACACUCCAGAAAACUGGAAUUGUUUUUGGAAACUGUGGAUGUUGUCUUCCGGAACAAAGAGGAAACGUGUUAAAGGCGCAAAAGUGUAUUAGUGCCCAAGGCAUGGGUAACUUACACUUCUGUGAAGGCAACAUUAAUGUAUUAAACUAUUUUUUAAGUACUACAAAAUUGGAUAGGACAGCUCAAGUCAAUAUUGGGUUUUGUCUGUGGUGAUACCAUUCAACCUUAAAAAAUAAAUACUUGGAUCCCGCACCCUCCCCUCAGACUAGUGCUGAACAAUCCAGUUGCAAUCGGUUCAAUACUCUUGAAAAUACAACAAAAACCUGAUAAAUGAGAAUAUUUACAGAUCGUUUUGUUGUUCAGUCGACCAGAAGUCUUGUCAACAAACUGCAAACCACCUGAUGAAUGUAUUUUAGUACUGCCAUUUCUUUCUCUUCAUUGUAAACUUGAUAUCCUUUCUACAUGUACCGUCAAUACCAAUACUGUACCGUUGAAUCUGGUUGGAAGUGAUUCGAACAGUAGAUUAAUUAGAAUGUAUUUAUACUUAAAGAAACAAUACGACACAUUUAAAGAUGGUCACAUUUGAGCUUAAGCUGGACUUUGGCUUGGUGACAAGAACACUUCCCAUAAUUGGCUGAAUAUGUUAACCUGGAUGAAAAAUUAAGUGUGUUUUUGAAACAUUGUAAAUAUUGUACAGUUUAUAGUUCUGAUCUGCUUUGAUGUAAAAAUACAAAUUCCAUUCAAUGUCUUAUUUCUGUAUAUCAGAUCAGGCAAUUGGUAUGAAGUGUAAAUGAUGUAACGUUUUGGACAUUUGACAGCCGUUUUAUCUCUUUUGUUGGCUGUAAUCUUGACAGUGUAUGAAUUUGCUUUUUCAGAACUGUAAAAUAAAAUGUUUUUUGAGA